CACACGUAUUAUCUGUCAGUUAAUGAACAUUAUUUGUGUGGUGAUUUCUUGAUGUAGCGAUAACAUGCGAAUACAUAAAAUAAUAAGUGCGCGAAUUGAUAAUAUUAUAAAUUGAACACGAAAGAGAAAAAAAAAUUGAACUUAGAAAGAGUGAAAAAUGUCUGGAUCCCAAAAAAUCCAAAGAAGAAAAACUUGGUAUCACAAAGCCGAGGCCGGAAUCGAAAAGUUGGACACAUGGUUCGGUCGACCGAAAAAAGCCGGUCGCGGGACUGGGACGCGUGGCUAUUCGGGCAGCAACACCAUGCCCAGGCCACAUUCCGGCGACGACAUCAACGAGAUCGAACAACAGCGUUGCAUCAUCGAGAGGAUGGAUGAGGAGACAGUGAACGACAGAUUCGAGGAAAUGCUAGCCAAUAUGAAUCUAACUGAGGAAAAGAAAGAACCCUUGCGCCAGCAAUCGGAGUCAAAAAAGAAAGAGAUGUUGGUAUUGCACUACAAAGGCAGUAUACAGGAGAAUCGAUCAAAAUUCGACAAGCCGGCAGACUAUAUACAAUAUCUGGCGCAACCCGAUUUAAGUGUCAACAAGAUCUACAAUUGCAUCGAAUCCCUCAGGAUCGCGCUCACUAACAAUCCGCUCAGCUGGGUGCAGGAGUUUGGCACUAAAGGGCUCAAGCAAGUUUUGGCUACUCUCAAUGAGUGUUAUCGAAAUGACAACCGUUAUGAGCGAAUACAAUACGAAUGUAUUCGUUGUUUAAAGGCAAUCAUGAAUAAUACCGUUGGUAUAAAAGAAAUGUUGGCUCAUCACGAAGCUCUUACGAUCGUAGCCAGAUCACUGGAGCCGACGAAACCGUCCGUAAUGUCCGAAGCUGUAAAGUUACUCGGCGCGGUGUGUCUCAUAUCGAGCGAUAGUCACAAAAAAGUUUUAGAUGCAAUUACUAUGAACGGCGAGUUCAAAGGUCGGGAAAGAUUUUUGCCGAUCGUACAAGGGUUGAUGAAUAAAAAAAAUGAAAAUUUAAGGGUAGUAUGUCUUCAACUCAUAAACUCGAUAAUAUCGUCCGCCGAGGAUCUAGAUUUUCGCUUACAUCUCAGAAAUGAAGUAAUGCGAGUCGGUUUAGCUGACAUUCUCGAAAUGUUAGAAAAAGAUGAGUCGGAAGAUUUGGCGACGCAUUUAAAAAUUUUUAAUGAUCACAAAGAGGAGGAUUAUGAAGAAUUUGUACAAAGAUUUGACAAUGUACGUUUAGAAUUAGACGACGUUAAUGACUGUUUCGAAGUAGUUAAAAAUAUGGUAAUGGAUACUACUGCUGAGCCAUACUUCUUAUCUAUACUUCAACACCUUUUAUUUAUUCGAGAUGAUGCUUUGGUUCGAACGGCAUAUUAUAAACUUAUCGAGGAAUGUAUAUCGCAAAUCGUAUUGCAUCGUUCAGGCUGUGAUCCAGAUUUCAGCGCGACGAAGCGCUUCCAGAUUGACGUACAACCGUUAAUCGAUACCCUAGUCGAGAAAUCACGGGCUGAGGAGGAACGCCGGUUGGUAGAAGUAACGCAAAAGCUAGAAGAAGCUAUAGCUAGUCGACAAGAAGCCGAAGCGAAGCUUCAGCAUGCGGAAAACAAGAUCAAGGAACUGGAGCAGGGAACGGCAAAGUCUGGCAACUCUAGAACUGCUAUAUGUCCGCCUCCACCACCUAUGCCAGGCAUAGGCGGAUCACUGCCACCGCCACCACCUCCUCUUCCCGGUGGUUUUGGUCCACCUCCACCACCAAUGCCCGGCAUGACAUGUCCACCUCCGCCACCUAUGCCUGGCUCGAAAGGACCUCCACCUCCACCUAUGCCUGGAAAGGGAGGACCUCCGCCACCACCAAUGCCAGGGAUGGGUCCUCCACCGCCACCAAUGAUGGGAGGAUUAUCUCCACCGACUCAAAUACAGGUUUUGCCUCCCGGACUAAAACCGAAAAAGAAGUGGGAGGUAGACGGACCACUAAAAAGAGCGAACUGGAAGGCGAUUUUGCCUCAUAGAUUAACAGAAAAAUCAUUUUGGACAAAAGUACAAGAAGAUAGAUUAGCUAGUCCAGAAAUAUUGGAUGGCCUCGCGCAAAAAUUUGCAUCAAAACCAAGUGGGAAAAAAAUGGACGAUGUUGUUGAUAAGUCAGCAACAACGAAGAAAGUAAAAGAUCUCAAAGUUUUGGACAGUAAAGCGGCUCAAAAUAUAUGUAUACUUCUUGGUGGCACACUAAAGCACAUGCCUUAUACAGAAGUAAAAAGAUGCUUAUUUAGAUGCGAGGGACCAGUUAUCUCUGAUAAUAUAUUGCAAGGAUUAAUUCAAUAUUUACCACCACCGGAUCAAUUAUCGAAGUUACAGAUGUACAAGGACCAGUACAAUGAUUUGACUGAAGCGGAGCAAUUCUGUGUUACAAUAUCUACAAUAAAAAGGUUACUGCCCAGAUUAAGAUCAUUAAGCUUUAUGUUACGAUAUGAAGAGCUGGUACAAGAUGUGAAACCUGACAUAGUAGCAGCUACAGCAGCAUGUGAAGAAGUGAAGAAUAGCAAAAAGUUUGCACGGAUACUCGAAUUAAUAUUGUUACUCGGCAAUUAUAUGAAUUCCGGUUCCAAAAAUGGCCAAGCAUUUGGAUUUGAAAUUAGCUUCCUUACAAAGUUAACUAGUACUAAAGAUAUCGAUAACAAACAAACUCUUAUGCAUUAUUUGGUGGAUACGAUAGAAAGAAAAUUCCCGGAAUGUCUCAACUUUAUUGAAGAAUUGGCACAUGUAGAUCGCGCUAGCCGAGUAUCUUUGGAAAAUGUUCAGCGGACAUUACGUCAAAUGGAAACCAAUAUUCGUAAUCUCGAACAAGAUCUUUCGAAUGCCAAGGUUCCACAAUGUGAUGAGGACUUCUUUAUAGAUGUUAUGAAACCAUUCGCCAAGAAAGCCAGGGAAUCUUACGAAAUCUUGCAGAAUAUGUUUAAAAAUAUGGAUUCCUUAUACACGGACAUCUCCGAAUUUUUUUCUUUCGACAAACAAAAGUACACUAUAGAGGAAUUCUUCGGCGAUAUCAAAACGUUCAAAGAUGAUUUCUUGCAAUCACAGAAGGAGAUAAUAAAACUGAAGGAAGGCGAGGAAAAGCAGAGACGAGCAAGAGAAGCGCGCGAAAAAGCGGAAGUGGAAAAGGCGGCUCGAGCCGCACGCAAACGCGCGUUAGUCGAUAUGAAUGCACACGAAACGCAGGAAGGCGUUAUGGAUAGUCUGAUGGAAGCAUUGCAGACUGGAUCGGCCUUCAGUCGACCGGAUCAACGACGCAAACGGCAGACGCGUGUAGCUGGUGCGGAAAGGAGAGCGCAGUUAAAUAGGAGUCGAUCACGUACCGGAUUAGUCGGAUCUGGUUUACUAGGAAGAGAACUUUCGACAGAGCUUUUAAGUUCGGCAUAACGUACUGGAAAGUAUUCAGUUUCCGUCCUAACUCGUUACUGUGAUGAUUUUACACAUUGUAUAUCGUUGGAACAACAAAUGGGGAAUAUCAAGUGGCACGAUAAAUCGAUAUCAUAAAGAGGAUAAUGAAGAAGAGCAAAACUUCAAGUUUCAGUGAUUCUCCGGCAUAAAUCAAAUUUUUGUAUUGGCGAGAUUUCUCAAGUUCGAAUCGCGAGUGAAACAAAUAUUCGCGAGUGUGUCUUCCUUACAUAUUUAAACAUAUUUCAAAUAUAGCUAUAUUGUACAAAAAUAUAAUUAACACAUCUAUAGGACGUAACGAUACUAGCGUCAAUAUUCGAUAAAAAAAGUGCGCAAAGAUUUAUUUCGGAGAGACGGUGUAAAAUAUAUUUAGCGCCAGUAAAGCGCACUUGUAAAUACGCAUACGUAAAAACUGGCGACGAGUUGGCAAUUUAUUAAAAUUGCUUGCCGGUGCGAUGUACAGAUACACUUUCUUAUCGAAACUUUAGCAUUUUUUUACUAAUAUCUUUGGACGAAUCAGGCGAUAGAUUUGCAUUUAUUUAUAUACGUUAAUUACUGUAAAUAUACAUAUAUAUAUAUUUCUCAUUUCGAGAGUUGUCGCAAUUCGAGAUUAUAUGACACUAUGAGAUGUAUUUGUAUAAAGAUUAUUUACCUUUGUAGUAACUUUUUGUUUACUACAGAAAAUAGUUAUGUAACAAACAUACGCCUUUUUUGGCGUAUAACAAUAUUUUGCAUGUAAUCGGAAAUUAUUGCACGAGCAUAAGGUUCGUAAUUAUCAUUUAUUUCAACAUUAUGAAAUGAAAAUAAUAAUGGCGAUUUAUCUAUAAUUAUUCUUUUCCUGGCCGAUAAACAAUGACGCAAAGCAUAAUUUGACGUUUGCGUCAUCUAUUGCUCACAUAUAAUCCUUGAUAAAGAUAUUUUCAAUAAUAAUAAAUAUUCAAAACAUUUUUCUGCAAGAUGAAAAAUUUGUACACUGGGCGCACAAUUCUGCGACAAACUUUAAUAAUAAUUUUUACCCGUUCUAAAAAAAACACAUUUGCAUAUUUUACAAUGCAAGUACUUCACUACUGCUACACAUUUAUCUAGCAAAAAACUGAAACUACUUUUAAGAGAAAUAGCUAAUUCGAUGCAACGUUUGCAUUUUGUGAUAAUUAAUGCUUGAUAAUAUAGGUUUGCGAUAUUUGAAUCGAUACUUUCGAUAGCGAUGAAAGAAACUCAGGGAGGGAAAGAGAGAAAGAAAUGGAAAUCUUGGAAAACGGAUAUGUGAACAUUACGGAUUCAAUUAUGGCAAUAGAUAACAUGCGACAUAAAAUAUAUAAUUAUAUUGUCUAUUAUCACGUUUAUAUAAAUAAAAUAAAAAGAUAGAAAUAUUAAAAAGUCAAAAUCGCGCGAAAUUAAUCAAUGUAAAUUGUAAAAUAACAGAAUAGAUUGCAAUUUGUUCACUUUUUACAUGCUGGAUUCGCAAUGUUGACAAAAAACCGAUUACCAUCUUCGACGAUGGGUGAUAGGUAUUCGAGUAGGCUAAUGUAUAUCAUAACAUCACAAGCGAAACGCAUGUAAAAAAUAAUUCCAAAUGCAAUGUGAAAAAUAAUGUCAAUAUCGCGCGCUUGAAAAAUUUUACUGCCUGAAUAAGAGCGGAAUCGCAUCGUUUAGUUAAUUAGCAAGUAACUGCGUGCCACGCGGUGGGGUAACUAUGCCAGGCACGUUCGAAAUGUCUAGCGAAAGGCGACGUAACGAGCCGGUUCCUCAAGCCGCAAAAAAUCACGGAAAUAUCUCUACGCAUUCUCUGCGCGGCGCGAUUUUCGAACUCGUUCCAUGUGUACAUUCUUUUGUAUAUUAUCCGCGAAAACGUAAAGCGUUACGUGGACCAUCUUAAACGCGUACAUAUAUAUUCCAAUACAGUUUUUAUAUAUAUCGAACGAUAUUCAUGGAAAGAAAAUAAAGAGAGAAAGCGCGCGCGUCAGCUGCAUUUCCUCGAAGUAAUUAUAUGUGCCUGUAGAAAAUACGGCGGAAAUUGAAAACACAUUGCCUAUAGAUCGAAUCUCGUAAUGAACGAAUUAUUUGUUAAUAUUGUAGUUAAAUACGUAAUUUAAGAAUUUAUAUUAAUAAGUAUCCAUCUCUGUAUCUAUACUGUGAAUACGCGGAUUUAUAAAUAAUAUUAUAAAUAUUAUUAUUAUUAU